AUGGGGGGAAGUAAUGGCGGUGGCGGUAGUUCACAGGAGCAGGAUGAAAGUGUCAAACAUAUGUUUGAUAGGAUAGGGCAACAAGUGCACGACGAAGUGAAGAAUGGUGGUGCUGAUGCUAAAAAAUAUGUAGGUGAAUUGGAAGGAAGUUUAUCACAAGUAAGUAUUAAUUUGGAAUCAGCUGGCACCACAGAUACAUGCAACCUUGUAAAAGAAUAUUAUAAGCAUCCUAAUGGUGGUGGUGAUGUUAGCGAUAAAAGGUAUCCGUGCAAAGGGUUAAGUGAAAAAUAUGUAGAACGUUUUUCUGAUAAAAUUGGUGGCCAGUGUACUAAGGAAAAAAUAAGUGGCAGUACAAAUACAUGUGGUGCUUGUGCACCAUACCGACGUCUACAUUUAUGUCAUCAUAAUUUGGAAAGUAUACAAACAAAGAAUUAUAAUAGUAGUAAUGCUAAACAUGAUUUGUUGGCAGAAGUGUGUAUGGCAGCAAAAUACGAAGGCGAAACGUUAACAACAGAACAUGGAAAACAUCAACAAACUAAUAAUGAUUCUCAAAUAUGUACUGUAUUGGCACGAAGUUUUGCAGAUAUAGGUGAUAUUGUCAGAGGAAGAGAUCUAUUUCAUGGUAAUCCACAAGAAAGUGCACAAAGAAAAGUAUUAGACGAGAAGUUGAAAGAAAUUUUCAAGGAAAUACAUAGUGGAUUGACGAAGAAAGACGCACAAACUUACUACGAUGAAAAUGGUGGAAACUUUUUUAAAUUACGAGAAGAUUGGUGGACUGCAAAUCGUCACACCGUGUGGGAAGCCAUGACCUGUCAUGCUGGAGAUAGUGAUGAAUAUUUCAGAAAAACAUGUGGUAGUGGAAAUAAUGCAACUCAGGCUAAAGACAAAUGCCGAUGUAGCGACAACCAGGUCCCCACAUAUUUCGACUACGUUCCGCAGUAUCUUCGCUGGUUCGAGGAAUGGGCAGAAGAUUUUUGCAGAUUAAGGAAACAUAAAUUAAAAGAUGCUAUAGACAAAUGUCGGGGAGGAAGUAGUAACGAUAAAUAUUGUAGUGGUAAUGGAUUUGAUUGCGUAGAAACCGUUAGAGGAGAUGAACACUUUGUUGAAAAAGAUUGUCAUGACUGUUCGUAUUCAUGUAGUCCUUUUGUAAAAUGGAUAGAUAACCAAAAACUGGAAUUAGACAAACAAAAAAAAAAAUACAAAAGCGAAAUAACACGUGGUGCUAGUGGUAAGAGUCCUAAAAGGACAAAACGGGGUGCACGUGCUAGUGAUGAUAAUGGGUAUGAAAGUAAAUUUUAUAAAAUACUGAAAGAAAAAAAUAACUAUGGAACCGUUGGUGAAUUUUUGAGACUAUUAAAUAAUGAAAAAACAUGCAAAGAUCAACCUCAAGUAGGAAAUGAAAAAGCAAGUCCUGUUGAUUUCACUAAAGGUAAAACUAAAGAAACAUUUUCUCGUACAGAAAUUUGUGAACCGUGCCCAUGGUGCGGGGCGGAAAAGGAUAAUACUGGAAAUGGAAAAUGGAAAGAUAAGGAGUUAAAUUGUGGAAAUAAAAAGCAUUACCAUCCUGAAAAAACUACCACUAUAGAAAUACUUACCGCUGAUAAGAAACAGUCAGGUAUAGUAAAAAAAUAUAGUAAGUUUUGUACUAGUGCAAAUGGUGGGGAAAGUGAUGAAAACGUUCAAAAAGUUGCACGUAGUGAAAAAAGUAAAAACGGUGAUCAAAUAGUAACAUGGGAAUGUUAUUAUGAUAAAGAAAAGGGUAGUAGUAAAAAUAAUAAUAAUUGUGUAGAAGGAACAUGGAAAGAUUUUGAAAAGGGUAAAAACGUUAUGCCCUAUCAUCCAUUUUUUUGGAAGUGGGUACAUGAUAUGUUACACGAUUCUGUAGAGUGGAAGACAGAACUUAGUAAGUGUAUAAAUAAUAAAAAAGGAAGCAAUUGUAUAGGGGGUUGUAAAAAGACUUGUGAAUGUUUUCAAAAAUGGGUUGUACAAAAAGGAAAGGAAUGGGAUGAAAUCAAAGUACAUUUUAACAAGCAAGAAGAUAUUGUCCAACCAGGAAGUUUUAUCGAAUUUAGUCCCUAUGGAGUUCUUGACCUUGUUUUGAAGGGCGGUAAUCUGUUGCAAAAUAUUAAAGAUGUUCAUGGAGAUACAGAGGACAUAAAAUACAUUAAGGAUCUGUUGAAUGACGAAGAAGCAGCAGGUGUUCUUGUUGUUGGUAGUGGUGGCGAAAAUAAGACCACAAUUGAUAAAUUGAUCGAACACGAAAAAGAACAAGCAGAACAAUGCAAAAAAUGCGAAGAAGCACAAAAACCACAACAAGAACGAGAAGACCUCGCUCGCUCUUUACCAACACCUGAAGACAGCUCAUCACGACCUACACAGGAUGCCGACACCGGCACGGACGACAUCGACGAUGACGACGAAGAAGACGAAGAAGACGAUGUCGACCCGGAAGAAGAGGCGGACCUCGGCGAGGAGAACCACCAGGAGGAGUCGGAGGACAAGGACGACGCCAACGAGGCGGCGGUGGUACCACAACCGGAAGAACCACAAGAACCGGUACCAACAGACGAUGUAAAUGUGUGCGAAACAGUGGCCACAGCACUCACUGGUGACGAUCUCAAACAAGCCUGUUCAACCAAAUACGGCCCAAAGGCACCCACAAGUUGGAAAUGUGUACCAAGUGGUGUCAGUACUGCCACAAGUGGUGAGGGUGGUGACGCCAAAAGUCGUGAACGACGUGAAGCUGGUGUUCCUACCGCCACAUCUAGUGGUAACACCACUGGUGGUGGUAAAGACGGAGCCACUGGUGGUAGUAUUUGUGUGCCACCACGAAGACGACGAUUAUAUGUGGGGGGAUUAACGAAGUGGGCGAAAAAAUACACGGGCAACACAGGCGAGUCGAAGUCACAAGAGGGAGUGUUACAGACAAAGGCAGUUGUUGAUGGUAAAGCCAAUGCGGAAGGUGGUGGCCAAAAGGGUGCCAGAGGUCCUAAUGGUGGUACCGAAGGUGCUAAUAGUGGGAAAGGCGCACAACAACAACAAGAACAACAACAAGAACAACAACAAGAACAACAACAACAACAACAACAACAACAACAACAACAACCACAUAGUACUGAUAGUAGUAGCUCGCCGCCGUCGUCCAACCCACGCGACGUCGACUUGCGCAACGCCUUCGUGGAGUCCGCUGCAAUAGAAACUUUUUUUUUGUGGGAUAGAUACAAAAAGGAGAAAGAAAAAGAAAAAGAGGAUAUAGAAAAGAACGGACAGGAUACAGUAGCAUAUACAUCAUCCGUCGAAAAAGACCCCCAAGAGGAAUUACAACGUGGAGAUAUACCUGAUGGUUUCUUGCGGCAAAUGUUUUAUACAUUAGGGGAUUAUAGAGAUAUACUAUACAGUGGUGACAAGGAAAAUGGUAAUAAGUACAUGUUGGUUGACGACAUAAAAGAUAUAUCGGACAAAAUUAAGAGUAUUUUAAAUAGUGAUGUUGGCCAAAAAACCACAGCAAAACAGUGGUGGGAUGAUAAUGGCCAACAUAUUUGGAAUGGAAUGAUAUAUGCUCUAACAUAUAACACAGACACACCGAGUGGCGAUAAACCAACACAGAUUGAUGAAGUGCGCGCACAACUUUGGGACGAAAAAGAAAAAAAACCCAAAAAAACUGACAACGACCACGACUACACGUAUGAAAAUGUGGAACUUAAAGAAGAUGAUGAUCAAAGUGGUGCCAAAACCCCCUCAGCCUCUAGUGGUAGUAACGACCCCAUCAACAACCCCCAAUUGAGUGAUUUCGUGGAAAUACCUACAUAUUUUCGUUGGUUACAUGAGUGGGGAAGCGACUUUUGUGGUACACGGAAACGGAUGUUGGGGAAAAUAAAACAUGAGUGUCGUGGUGACAAGGUUUGUAGUGGUUAUGGGGAAAAUUGUGACGAUCAGCUUAAAGACAAUCCUAGUAUUUUUCCUUCUUUAAAUUGUCCCAGUUGUGGCACACCUUGUAGAUAUUAUAAAAAAUGGAUAAAUACCAAAAAAACGGAAUAUGAUAAACAAAAAAGUGCGUAUGAACAACAACAAGGAAAAUGCGAAAAGGAAAAUAAUGGAGCUGAAGGUAAUGAUCAUGAUAAAAAAUUUUGUACAAGAAUACAAAACUGCAAUGAAGCUAAAGACUUUUUAAAAACGUUAGGACCAUGUAGAACUAAUGAUGAGAGUGGAAAAGGUACAUUAUAUUUUGAUGAUGAUACAUUUAAACAUGCAGAUAAUUGUAAACCAUGUUCUUCAUUUAAAAUAUAUUGUAAAAAUUGUAAGAGUAGUGGUGGUACGGAAAACAAGUGCCCUAAAGGAAAGAUUAGUGCAGAUGAUAUUCCAAGUUUGGGAAAUUCUACUCACAAACUUGAUAUGCGUGUCAGUGAUAAAAAUGCAAAAGAUUUUGCAGGUGAUUUAAGCGUUUGUGCAGAUGCUGAUAUAUUUACAGGUAUUAAAGAACAUAAAUGGAAAUGUCGUAAUGUAUGUGGUUAUGUUGUAUGUAAACCGGAAAAUGGCAAUACCGAAACAACCAGUGGGGAAAACAAUGAUCAAAUUAUAACAAUUAGAGCUUUGGUUACACAUUGGGUACAUAAUUUUUUAGAAGAUUAUAAUAGAAUUAAACAAAAAAUUUCACAUUGUAAGGAAAAUAGUGAACAAACCAUAUGUAAAAAAGAUUGUAAAGAUAAAUGUAAAUGUGUAGAUGAAUGGAUAAAUAAGAAAAGGACAGAAUGGGAUAACAUAAAAAAACUUUUCAUUGAACAAUAUAAAAUGGAUUCCGAUGAAUAUUAUUAUGUUAGAAGUUGUUUGGAGGACUUUGAAUCUCGACCUGAACUUAACAAAGCUAUAAAACCUUGUCCAAAUUUAAAUAACUUCAAGACUUCGUGUGGUCUUAAUGACACUGAGAGUUCAAAAAAAAAAGAUGGUGACAAAAGAGAUCUUGUUGUAUGUUUGCUUAAUAAACUUGAAAAAAAAGCAGAAAAGUAUAAAGACAACCAUGAAACUAGUGGCGAAGAAAAAGAGUGUGAUUCCCUCCCCCAUGUUGAAGACGAUGACGAUCCCCUUGAAGAGGUAGACCAAAACCCAGAGGAGGCAAAAAAGAACAUGAUGCCAACAUUUUGUGAAAUACAGGAAAAAAAAGAGAAAGAAGAAGGCACUUGUGAAAAAGCAGUUGAUCCUGGUGGAGACGGAAAACCUAAAGGAGACCAAGAUGGUGGCACAGCAGCAGGACCUGAAGCCGAUCCUGAAGCCGAUCCUGAAACCGAACCUGCUCCAGCUGGUGACCAAAAAGAAGCCUCAACUUCAAAAGUGGCACCAAAACCAAAACCCCCACGACCACAACCACAACCCCCCACACAACUCUUGGAUAAUCCCCACGUUCAAACCGCCCUCAUGUCUUCUACCAUCAUGUGGAGUAUUGGAAUUGGUUUUGCUGCUUUCACUUAUUUUUAUCUAAAGAAAAAAACUAAACACCCUGUCGACCUUUUCAGUGUUAUUAAUAUCCCCAAAAGUGAUUAUGAUAUACCGACAAAACUUUCACCCAAUAGAUAUAUACCUUAUACUAGUGGUAAAUACAGAGGCAAACGGUACAUUUACCUUGAAGGAGAUAGUGGAACAGAUAGUGGUUACACUGAUCAUUAUAGUGAUAUUACUUCAUCUUCCGAAAGUGAAUAUGAAGAAUUGGAUAUUAAUGAUAUAUAUGUACCAGGUAGUCCUAAAUAUAAAACAUUGAUUGAAGUGGUACUAGAACCUAGUGGUAACAACACAACAGCUAGUGGUAACAACACAACAGCUAGUGGUAACAACACAACAGCUAGUGACAUACCUAGUGAUAAUACACCCACACCACAACCCAUUACUGAUGAUGAGUGGAAUACAUUGAAAGAUGAAUUUAUAUCACAAUAUCUACAAAGUGAACAACCAAAUGAUGUACCAAAUGAUUAUACAAGUGGAAAUAGUUCAACAAAUACCAAUAUUACUACCAUGUCACGUGAUAAUGUGGAUGAAAAACCUUUUAUUACUUCUAUUCAUGAUAGAGAUUUAUAUACUGGGGAAGAAUAUAAUUAUAAUAUUAAUAUGAGUACUAAUAGUAUGGAUGAUCCAAAAUAUGUAUCAAAUAAUGUAUAUUCUGGUAUUGACCUAAUUAAUGAUUCAUUAAAUAGUGGUAAUGAACAUAUUGAUAUAUAUGAUGAAUUAUUAAAACGAAAAGAAAAUGAAUUAUUUGGAACAGAAAAUACAAAACGUACAAGUACAUAUAGUGUUGCAAAAAAUACAAACAGUGAUCCUAUACUCAAUCAAAUAAAUUUGUUCCAUAAAUGGCUAGAUAGACAUAGAGAUAUGUGCGAAACGUUGAAAAAUGAUAAUGAGCGGUUAGCCAAAUUGAAAGAAGAGUGGGAAAAUGAUACAUCAACUAGUGGUAACACUCACCCUAGUGAUAGUAACAAAACGUUGAACACUGACGUUUCUAUACAAAUAGAUAUGGAUAAUCCUAAACCUACAAAUGAGUUUACAUAUGUGGAUAGUAACCCCAACCAAGUGGAUGACACCUACGUGGAUAGUAACCCUGACAAUUCUUCCAUGGAUACUAUCUUGGACGAUCUGGAAAAAUAUAAUGAACCUUAUUAUGAUAUGUAUGACGAUGAUAUUUAUUAUGAUGUAAAUGAUGAUAAUGAUAUAUCAACUGUGGAUACUAAUGCUAUGGAUGUACCUAGUAAAGUACAAAUUGAAAUGGAUGUAAAUACUAAAUUGGUGAAAGAGAAAUAUCCUAUAUCGGAUGUAUGGGAUAUAUAA